AUGGUUUCUCAGUCUAGCCGCAAUACUCCGAAUGAUCUACUCGAACCUCACCCGUCUCAUCAAUCUCGCAAGAAAACGAAAAAAGCGGCAAAUUGGGUUGCACAAGCACGUUCUCGUGCCACUGGUACUAUUCGUCGGACACUGUUUGGUCAGAAGUCAAAAUCGUCUGGUGUUCGUGAUGCUGAGAGUAUUAUCAACGAAGAAGAUGACUAUACUCAGACGAACUAUGACACAGUGAAAUCGCUACCUGCCACUGGUCAUUAUGGUCGUAGCCGUGUUGGCCAGCAUCUCCAUGUGGAUGUUGAGGGACAUUUACGGACGACACAUCUUCCAUUUCCAGCUGUCCCACCACCAAUGAUAAUGCUGAAGGUACCGAAAAGGCGUCAUAGCGCACAACCGAGUCGGAUCUCACCGAUUACUAGGUCACAACUCUACGAUCACCCGGUGUUUGAUUUCCAGACGUGGCACUCGGAUGCGGUUUAUUCGUUGUUUAUGAAAGCGCAUAAAUGCUACGAUCUUAUACCGACAUCAACAAAAUUGGUCGUCUUCGAUACCCAAUUGCCGUUAAGAAAGGCAUUUUUUGCUCUUGUAUAUAACGGAGUUCGCGCCGCUCCUCUAUGGAACAGCGAAAAGCAACAAUUUGUUGGGAUGCUUACUAUCACUGAUUUUAUUAGAAUCCUAAUGAAACGUUAUGAAGCUGGUGAUAAACAAGAGAAAAUGCAUGCUCUCGAGGAGGAGAAGAUUUGUCAUUGGCGAGAACAAUUUGAAGCCGAGGGUGUUCGACCACUUGUGACGAUUGAUCCAAAAGACAGCCUGUAUCGAGCAGUGCAAGUGUUGUGCGAAUCGAAGGUUCAUCGACUACCUGUUAUGGACAAGAAUACAGGAAAUAUCAGUUACAUAAUCACGCACAAAAGGCUUAUCAAGUUUCUGUCGCUAUAUCUUCACGAUCUACCACGGCCACCGUUUAUGGAUAGCUCACCCAAAGAGUUAGGCAUCGGCUCUUGGGGCGACAUCGUCACAGUUCACGUCGAUACGCCGCUUUAUGACGCUUUGGAAAUAUUUUUACGGAAUAGAGUAUCAGCAUUGCCGUUAGUUGAUGAAAAUGGAAGGGUUGUUGAUAUAUACGCGAAGUUUGAUGUUAUCAGUUUGGCAGCCGAGAAGUCUUAUGACAGGUUGGACUGUACGGUACAGGAAGCACUCAGACAGCGUUCCGAGUGGUUCGAGGGCGUGCAGUGUUGUCUUGAGACGGAUUCGUUGUUUGUCGUGCUCGAGAUCAUAGUACGAGCAGAAGUUCAUCGCCUUGUAGUGACUGAUGCCGAUAAGAAGGUACAUUGGUGGAAAUGUUUACUAAAAAGCAUAGGAUUUUUUAGCCGAGCUUGA